CAGUUCCUGCAGCAGUUUCUGCGUCCGCCGGCCGCACGUCCGCUCCAAAGUCGAGCUGCAGCGUAUAGAUAGAUAUAUUUUCUCCUCCUUUUUACGCAACAGCAGCACCGACAGUCAGGGACGACUCCACGUUUGUCGUCAGAUGGAGGGGAUCGGACGCGUGUGACAGCUGUGUGCAGAGGCGAUCAGCCGCGGUCAUGUUCUAGUGACAGAUACUGCAGCUUUCCGAGCAGGAACCGGGCAGGCAGGGAGCGCGCACUGGGCAAACAUGAGCGGCGGAGGAGGGGAGAUCAUCUUCCAAGGCUGGCUGAGGAAAUCACCUCCGGAGAAGAAACUCAGAAGAUAUGCGUGGAAGAAGCGAUGGUUUAUCCUUCGCAGCGGCCGUAUGAGCGGGGACCCUGACGUCCUGGAGUACUACAAGAACGACCACUCCAAGAAGCCCAUCCGGGUCAUCGACCUGCAGGCCUGCGAGCAGGUGGACGCCGGCCUGACCUUUAAGAGGAAGGAGUUCCAGGACAGCUUCGUGUUUGACAUCAAGACCUCCGACCGCACUUUCUACCUUGUUGCCGAGACCGAGGAAGAGAUGAACAAGUGGGUCCGCUCCAUCUGCCAGCUGUGCGGCUUCAACCAGUCGGACGACAGUCACGAUGGGAGGCCGCAGCACAUGCCUCGUUCUGUUGGAGCGGAUGUCGGCGGCUCGACGGUUCCUCUGAGCGGGGAGCGCAAGUCCUCGGCGCCAAUCCACUCCAGCCAGCCCGUGCUCUUCACCUUUGAUGUGCCGGUGCGCCACUCGCACCACAACUCCCUGUCCAACAGUGCACCUCAGGAUUACCUCCUCCUCCACCAGUGCAUGAGCAGGAAGACAGAGAGUGCACGGAGUGCCAGUUUCUCCCAGGCCACACGAAGCAAUAUGUUAGUGGGGAGCAACUCUCCAGUGCAGAAACUUUCCUACGGCCUUUCCCACUGUCUGAAUGGCACGGGGGCUCAGCUGCACGGCUUCUACAGCCUUCCCAAGCCAGGAAAACAUCAGCUACCCAUGCAUGAUGGCUCACCCCAAGAGGCCUGCUAUGUCCUUCCGCGGGGUUACAGCUCUGAAGCGCCGGCUCACAGCAGUCUGGGCGACCCCGAUCUCGAGAACGAGGAUGUGUAUACCUUCAAAACGCCUUGCAAUACCCCGGCCACAGCGCACAAUAAUGACCGGUCGCCUGAACAUUACGACUUUCCUACGACGCCCGGCUCCUUCUACCAGAUCCCCAGGACUUUUGAUAAGAAUCACAAUGCUUUGACGCCCUCCAGCUCUGAAUCCUCCUGCGCUCCUCCUCCCAGGCCUCCCAAACCUACCCAGGGCUCGGAGGGACAGUGGGGGAGUCCCCAUUCAGUCGGGAGCCAGAACGGUGACAUUACAUCUGCGGUGUCAGUCAUCCCACGCAGGAAUACUCUCCCCGCCGUCGAGAACAUCAGGCUGCACAGAGGCUCGUCCUUUGAAACCAACAGCCAUCGUCUCUUCCAUUUCAACAACUCAGGCCAAUCCGUGGAGUCUGUCAACGAUGGCUUCAGCUCCUACCUGAGAGCCCAAACCCCCUUGACCCGCUCGGACAGCGGUAAUUCAGAUGACAACUAUGUGCCUAUGAAUCCUGGGUCCUCGCCACUCAGCGCCGCCCAGGCCGACAGCCCCAAGAAUAUCUACAUUCCCAUGAGUCCGGGGCCACAUCACUUUGAUUUCCCAGGAUUCUCUGCAACGUUACCGGCCCGUAAGGGGAGCAGCGCCUCCCUGUGUCACAGGCCCACUCGUUUCAGUGACGUGACGCCACCACCCAUCAACCGCAACCUCAAACCAAACAGGAAAUCAAAGCCAACACCUCUUGAUUUGAAAAACAGUGGGAUCAUUGAUGAGCUGCCUUUUAAGAGUCCCGUCACUAUGUCUUGGACACGACCAAUGCCCGCCGUAAACUCCAUGUCCUCCCAGCAAUGUCGACCCAUCUCUACUCAGAGCAUCACCAGCACGGACUCUGCAGACAGUGAGGAGAACUACGUGGCAAUGCAAAACCCAGCGUCUACCUCCCCAGCUGUGAGUAGCACCAGCAGCCCAGCCCCUAGGAAGUCUGGCAAUGUGGACUAUUUAGCACUGGACUUCCAGCCCGGCUCACCCAGUCCACACAGAAAACCUUCUACGUCGUCUGUGACAUCUGAUGAGAAGGUGGACUACGUGCAGGUCGACAAAGAGAAGACGCGGGCUCUGCAAAGCACGAUGCAGGAGUGGACUGAUGUGCGGCAGUCCGCCGAACCUGCCAAGGGCGUCAAGUCCUGACACUGAUCAGGCAAAAAUAACCAAAAACACCCCACUGAAGUCAUCAGUAAUGUAAAUGCUGAUUGGUUUGGUUUGAGACUGACACGUUUGAGCAAAAAGCCAUAACUUAUUCUAUGCCUGUUCACUCCAAUGAUUAUUGCUGCAGUGCACUGCUAGCGUGCAGGAUCCAAGGCCAUACAGAAAAAAGUGCCCUGUCCACGCUCCUGAUCCAGACUGUUAGUGUAUAAAAGGUUCAUCACAAUCAGUUCACCAUCCACGAAUACAUGUUUUGAUCCAAGCUGUCCCACCAUCCCUCGUCAACAUUUCCGUUUGUUUUCGUCCGGUUGGUCAUUUACUCAACUCCUGCACAGAGCAGCAUUGUCUGACUUAAGUAAUAGACUGUGAGAGUACACUUAUUGGUCUCAGGAAUGCCAAGAUACACUCCAAUUUUGGCACACAGGCUGAAAAUCCCCCCCCAACCCCCCUUUCCCCCACACACUUCAAUCUGUCAUUUGUGCUGAGUCAUGCAAAAGGAGUGCAGAGAUGGUUUUCACUGCAGGCAAUAUUUUCAGCUUCACAGUGCGUGUCCAGUAAAGAGAGCGAGUACGGGGUGUUAUAGCCAUACAAAUAUGCAAAAGGUUGUGUCAGACAUCUUAAUGACCACUGCACGUGACUGCUGCCUUUAAUACAAUUAUGUAUGAGCCCAAAUCAGCUCUAAGAACAGUCAGGCUGGUUGUUAGGCCAAUUAUUUCACUGCAGCUUCCAUGUCAGUCAGUCAGUCAGUCAGUCAGUCAGUCAGUCAGUCAGUCAGAUGGGGGGGGGGCAGUGUGUGUCUUUGUGUGACCGAAGAUGUCGACUCUCUUCCGGUAAAGAUUCUGAUACAUUUCAUCGUAAAUGUGCACUGACCAAGAAAACGAGGUUGGUGGAAGCAAAAAUAAAGACGGAGGUGUGCUUUCCAAAUACUCUUAUCUCUCCAGAGGCCGUGAAUACGAGGUUAGUAGACGGAGGGUCGCGUAUUUCUGUAUUUCCGGAAUUCAACCAUCCACAGACUCUUUUUUUAUUUCCAACCGUUCCUCACACUACAGCUAUCUCUGAAGAAUAAUGAUUUUCUUUGUCUAAACUAUUGAUAGACUGACACAUAUUGAAGUGCAUUUUGUUUAUUGUGAGAAAUGUGAUGCACGUCUGAGACAAAUGUGCACUACGGUUAUGUAACUUGACAAUGUGCUCUACUGAAGAUAAGCCACUGAUCAUAUUGAGUCAAAAUAGCUGGAGAAAAUUUGAGGUUUUGUUUCUCUUUUUUUUUUUUCCUAAAUUCUUCUAUUUCUUUAAUUUGCCAUGUGUUUUUAUGUGAGUUUAGACUGUGGAUUUUUGUUUGAAGAAUUAUUUACAAUACGGAUCAUGUUGUGUUUAAAAACAGCUGAACGAUCGGUUUCUGGUUCGAGUCAAGUCCAGCGUUUGGUUGUGGGCUGGAACCACUCAAAGGUGAACCCCAGAUUGAUCUUAAAAGUACGGCCAUGCAGCACUGGAUGGUGUUAUCAAUGAUUUGCUUCCUAAUGUUUUUUCUACAAUUUUUACAGCUUUUUGUAUUCUUUUUAAAUCAUUAUUUUUUACUGAAGCAUGGAAGCGAGUGUUAAACGUGAGGACGGGAAUCAGAUAAAAUAUGGCGACGUCUGUUUUUCUGAGUGCAUUUUCAUUCAGUUUUGAAUUCCCAAAUAUAUUUCGAUGAGCUUUUCAUAAGAUGCAAUGGCUUUCGGUUUGAGAUGCACUGACAUAACCAUUCCCAGCGUGAACUGUGAUCCACAAAGAGCAAACCGAGAGGGAAGAAAAGAUUGAAGAGCUUGUCUACCUGUCAUUCUCUGAAGUGAAAUGGAUGUGUAAUUUAUUAUCUAGAGCGAUGUGCUGUAAGCAGGAGAGCUGUGUACGUGUUGUGCUAGUUUAGAGUUGUGUAUUAAAUGACAGUCUGACUCUAUGAGACCAAAAUCACUGCUCAGACCUGCUGUCACUCUGUCACUGGGUUGAUGUACUGUACUUGUAGAGAUCCUUUUUUUUAACCACUGUUACUGCUACUACUGUAAAGCAUUUGCAGAUUGCUUGUGUGUUUAUUUAUUAAUUUAUUGUGUUUUGCAGAUGAUGUUUGUAAAAAAAAAAAAAAAAAAAAGAAAGAAAAGAAAAAACACAAGGAAACUUUCUCUCUACUAACAUAGAUGUAUGCAAAUGUCUUCAUUUUUUUUGAAGCAAUAUGAGAAGCAAUGCUAGUGUGGUGGUAAUGUGGUACAGUAAAUUUGAGACAUACAAGAAUGAAAGUCUUGUUAUUCCUGUAUUAUUAUUGACUUAAACUGUGGUCAUAGAAUAAAUCAGAAAGUGAACAUUC